UGUUCCUAGGGCCUGACAUUUCUCUUCUUUCUCUCUCCCUCCCUCUCAGUAUUCCCCUCAUUUACUCAUUUGUUUCCCUCUAAACUCAGCCCUCAGUGGCGCAAUUGAGGCAUUAAUAGAAUAAUUAAUUCCUCUCAUUAGCCUGUUUUUAAUUAUUUCCAUGCCUCCUUCCUCUGCGCCCAGUAUAAACUCAUCGUCUGUUUUCAUCAAAUUGCCCAUAAAAUCCAAGUGUUGGCACGGUGUAUCGUAGCCUAGCGUGCUAGCACUCCCUGGCUCUAUCAGUGGGGCCUAAUGAGGAGACAGUUAGCCCAGACAGAACGAACCUAACGCUAGCUCCAAUGCGCACUAAGGGGCACUAUGCUAAUGCAGCUCAUUUAGUGUCCUUGGACCAAUUAAGAGGUGAGGUGAAAAGGGCCAAGUCGCUUGCCGGAACUGUUUAUGGAGAGGGACUAGAACAUGACCCUGAAUAGGACUCCAGCGGCCAUGUUGUAGCCGACUACAAUCUGGGUCUGAUUUGUCAUUUGACAGAAAUGUGUAGCCCUUAAUAGAUUGUAUUUGUUCCGCGUUUACUGGUUCCUUUGAAGACCCCUAUUACUACAAUACCAAGCUUGUGUAUUAUUCCACUCGACGGUUAGUUGUACUCAGUGAUUGUUUCUGAGCUUGUGUAGUAGGGGACUUGGUACAGAAUAAUGAUGGUAUGAUUGGUUGUGGUAAUGGUAAGAUAUCUCUAAAAGGGUUCAUCUAACGUUUCAAAAUGGAGAGGGAAGCUCAUGCUUUGUAUCCCUGCAGGCAUGUGGGAUUUGUAAUGAGAUUUGAAAAGAGAGAGAGCGGGAAGAUACAGGCCAUGGAGAGAGGAAACGGUCGAAACAGAGAGAGACAGAGAGAGAGUGAGGGAAAGAGACAGAGUGAACCGGCAAGAGAGAGAGAGAGAGUUAUUGUAAUUUGAGUGUCCACCUGAGCCCUUUUUGGUUUAGAGACCCAAAGCCCACUGUUGUCUCAUCAGAACCCAGAACAAUUCUACUUCCUGUAUUAUUACCUGACCCUCUGGUACCCACUCAUCUCUGGCCCGGGCUCUGCAUGCUUGGACUCGCUUGGUGUCCAUUGGUCAUUCUGUUUACAGUAUCUAAUCAUUUAAAUGUCUUCUAAUUCAUACAUGUGUGUAUUUAUUUAAUUGACAUUUUAUUUCGAUGCCUGUGAGUCUGCAACUGACUGUCUGUCUGUUACUGGAUGGUACGUUGUUAUUUCAUUGGCUCUUUUUGUUUGUUUUUGUUUGUAUGUUGUCUGGGUUGGGCUUCGUCAUGCUUGGUGCCACAUGUUUCUCUGUCUUAGUUUGACUGUAGCCAGGCAGCAAGCAGAACCAAGGGCAGCCAACACAAGAAAGAGGGAAAAGCGAUGGAGCAUUUCGUCUGCCGGAGGUGAAAAGAACUCUUCGAGUGACAAGUCGACCCCGACCCAAGACGACCAUCACUCCUGGGACAGCUUCAAGACCAUGACCCCUGAGCUGUCCAUCGUGCCGGGGGAGCACAAGGACAGGAUGGAGCUGCACACCAAGACCACCUGGGACUCCUCGUCUGCCAACACACCUGACACGUCCGAGGGGGACUUCCAGACCGAAGUGUGAUGAGGCAGAGAAACACACACACACACACACACACACAUGCAGAAACACACACACAAAGAAACCCAGAUAACGCAUAUACACUCACAAACAAAAAUGUUCACACAGACAGAAAUGCAAAAACAACUACAUUCAGAAUCAGAGAAACACACACACACACACACACACAC